GACGGAAGCUGUAAGCGAGGUGAACCUCGAUCGAUGACGUUGUCAUUUGAAAUAUGGACAAUAUCCGUCCAUCCAGGUACGUUGCGGUACAAGAUCUUCUAACUUCGCAAAUGAUGCACCUGAUGGAAUUGGUCUAGGUACUGUAAUAUCCCUUCUUCCUUUUUGCUGUCUCUCCUUUGUCUCUGCUGCGUCGCCCAUCUGGAUUCUGUCCCAUUUCCCACGGUCUCCCAAUACGAGGACGCAUCUCGAUAUCACAGUGCCCUUCUUUUCUACAGCAAUGGACGACUCUCCCACAGCCAUACUACGUGUAGUUCUACCUCGCUUGCCGCUCAUUCUCAAGACUGCUCUUUUCAAUGCUUUAUCAUUGUCCAAAAACUCUUCGAGACAAGAUGUGACCACUGAAGUCGCUGUCGUUGUCCUCCGGUCGGUCCUCCAGGUCAGGAAGCCUAUGCGCGUCCUACAGAAGACUACGACUCGCGAUCCUGGCAUCAAAGGCCCCAUUCUCAUAGCCAAGGUCUCCGUGCCGAUCUCUCAAGAGGGGGAUGUCCUGAAAGAUCUCUUGAACAGAGCCAUCAAAGAGCUAGGAAAUGGAUCAGAAACAUAUACACCACCCGAACUUACUGAAGUGCAAGCUGAGUGGACUGGCUACAAGGUGGGAGCUGCUAAGAAUGAGCCACGGCCAGACCUGGCUGAGGAAGACCAUUACAGGAUUUUGAUGGGAAGUGUGUCAUCACCUACGACGAUACUAUAUUUUCAUGGAGGCGCAUACUUUCUUCUCGAUCCAGCCAGUCACCGUAAAACAACCUCUUAUCUGGCCAAAUUAACUGGAGGUCGUUGCUAUUCAGUCCGAUAUAGACUGGCACCGCAGUAUCCCUUCCCUGCGCAACUGCUGGAUGCCCUAAUGUCCUAUCUCUCUCUACUGUCGCCACCACCAGGAAUGCCCCAUGAGCCCGUGGCCGCUCACAACAUUGUCUUUGCGGGCGAUUCAGCGGGUGGAAAUCUGGCCAUUGCUUUACUUCAGCUCCUUCUGACAUUGCGGAGGAUGGGGAUGACCACUAUCACGUUUCACGGUGUUGAAGUUCCAAUACAUCUCCCCGCCGGCGUUGCAGUCAAUUCUCCAUGGGUGGACAUCGGUCGUUCUAUGCCGUCAAUCAACAACAAUGCUCACUUUGACUACCUCGACCCUCCUAGUGCCGUUGGUAUCUCCAAAGCCGAGCCUACCCCUGACGACCUGUGGCCGACGUCGCCACCACGGGCCGAAAUCUUCUGCAACGCAUCAAUGCUGGUGCACCCCCUGACCUCCCCUCUAUCUGCUGCUCCGGAGUUAUGGAAAGGAAUGCCUCCUGUCUUCAUGUGCUUGGGCAAUGAAGGCCUCGAAGACGAGAUCACCAUCCUUGCCCGGAGAAUGCAUCAGGGCGGCGGAACCGUGAGUUUCAUGGGAUAUGAGGGCAUGCCUCACUGUUUCGCAAUGGUGUUCCCUACUGCGGCAAUGGCAAAGGACUGCUUUCAACGAUGGGCGAAGUUCUGCUCUGAUGUAAGCCGUGGUUCAGGGCCCAGCUCAAGUAGGGCUAUCUGGUCAGAGGCAUUUGCAAAUCCCCCAAAGUUCAGAGAACUGGAAAUGGACAACAUAAGCAAGCUAACCGACAGCGAUGUGCUUGACUCUAUGAAGGAGAGGCAAAACUAUGGUAUUGAGAGAGAGCAAGAUGCUGUAAAGAGAUGGAACGAGCAUCGGUCCAGAGCCAAACUAUGAGCACCCAGCCAGAUGUCAAGC